CAAUAUGCAACAACAACACGGUGACACCUUGUUAUUGUGAUCUUCUGUGGUAAACCAUGAGUCACUGCUGAGGAACAAGGAACGAGAUGACUUCUGGGUGGCACCCACUUUGUUAACACCUGCUGAGGCAAUGGCUUAUAUGAGGGCACGUCUGAUCCCAGACAGACGUAAUAGUAUGAAAACGCAUUUAUUCCAUGAACAGUAUCCUCACUCUCAGUCUUUGUGCUGUGCUGCUGCUCGUGUGAGGCUGAUAAACAUCGUCAUAAAAAGCAAAUUCCCUUCAUAGUUCUGUUAUUUCAGCGUUUAGUCCAAAUAGCUGUCAGUGUGUCGUAAUGUAGGUCUGCUGAGUGCUGGGAGUCGGUAAUUAGGACGAGAUGCAGGAGUGAUGCUGCUGUUGUAAAUCAUGUGGGAGUGUCUCAGGCUGUUUAGAUUCAGAAUACUUGGCGCGUUGUCUCAUUGUUGCCGGACUCUAAAGGUGCAGUGUUUUAAUGGUGGGGGAGUUCAGGUGUUUUUGUUCUAAUAAUAUUAUUAUUAUUUUGACGCUGGAGCUUCGUUCUCCUGCUGCAGUUUACCUCCAACGAGCCCUGAGCACGUUGUCUGAAGCCAGCGUGCCGUGGGGGGGGAGGGGAGGCGCUGGGCGGUGGCCCGUGGGCUCGGCUGCAUCGCAUUAGGACCGGGAGUGCUGAAAAGGGGAGGGGCCUGGAGCCAACAUCUGCGCCGGUCCCCCUCUGCCCCCGCGGCACGCCGCAGAGAGAGGCAGAGCGCCGGAGGUCAGGGAGGGAGAGGACGCGCCGGGGAGGAGUUCUAGCCGGCUGCUAGAGAGCUCCUCAGGCAGCGGUGAGACGGGGAGAGCGGCGCCCAUCCUCCAGCUCCAGCCCCUGGACCCGCUGUCGACCGCGCAGAAAGCCGGAUUCCGCAGCGAGUAGAGGAUUUGAAGGGAAUGCCCAGAGAGCAGCGGAGGCGCGCUCGCUCCCGGACAGGUUCUCUCUGACGGAGGCCGACCCCUGAGGCGGAGGAGGCUGCACCGAGGCCCAGCAGGAGCCUAAACCCCCCCGACCCGAGCAGCCCCACGCGUGGGAGCGGCCAUGGCUCCGCGGAAGCGCGGCGGCCGCGGCGGCGGCGGCCUCUCCUUCAUCUUCUGCUGCUUCAACAACAGCGACCACCCGGAGAUCACCUACCGGCUGCGGGAGGACUUCGCGCUGCAGUCCAUGGAGCCGUCGCUGCCGAUGCCGGGAUACGACGAGCUGGACGGCAUGUUCGCCGAGCUGGUGGACGAGCUGGACCUCACGGAGAAGCACAGGGAGGCCAUGUUCGCCCUGCCCGCGGAGAAGAAGUGGCAGAUCUACUGCAGCAAGAAGAAGGAGCAAGAAGAGAACAAAAGUGCAACUAGUUGGCCAGAAUACUACAUCGAUCAGCUCAAUUCAAUGGCAGCUAGGAAGACGCUCCUCGCUCUGGAGAAGGAGGAUGAGGAGGAGAGGAACAAAACCAUAGAGAGCUUGAAGACGGCUCUGAGGACACAGCCCAUGAGGUUUGUGACUCGCUUCAUCGACCUGGACGGCCUCACGUGCAUCCUGAACUUCUUGAAGACCAUGGACUACGAGACGACGGAGUCCCAGAUCCACACGUCGCUGAUCGGCUGCAUCAAGGCCCUGAUGAACAACUCGCAGGGCCGCGCCCACGUGCUCUCACACACCGAGAGCAUCAACAUCAUCGCCCAGAGCCUGGCCACGGAGAACAUCAAGACCAAGGUGGCGGUGCUGGAGAUCAUGGGCGCCGUGUGUCUGGUGCCGGGGGGCCACAAGAAGAUCCUGCAGGCGAUGCUGCACUACCAGCGCUUUGCCUGCGAGAGGACGCGCUUUCAGACCCUGAUUAACGAUCUGGACCGGAGCACGGGGCGAUACAGAGACGAGGUCAACCUGAAAACGGCCAUCAUGUCCUUCAUUAACGCGGUGCUGAGUCAGGGCGCUGGAGGGGAGAGUUUGGAGUUCCGCAUCCACCUGCGAUACGAGUUUCUGAUGCUCGGGAUCCAACCUGUGAUCGAUAAGCUGCGCUCCCAUGAGAACUCCACGUUGGACAGGCAUUUGGACUUCUUCGAGAUGCUGCGGAACGAGGACGAGCUGGCCCUGGCGAAGCGCUUUGAAUCGGUGCACAUAGACACCAAAAGUGCCACGCAAGUCUUUGAGCUCGUCCGCAAGAAGAUGAACCACACCGAUGCAUACCCGCACUUUAUGUCUGUGCUGCAUCACUGUCUCCUCAUGCCACACAAGAGGAGCGGUAACACGGUGCAGUACUGGCUGCUGUUGGACCGGAUCGUCCAGCAGAUGGUCCUGCAGAACGACAAAGGCCACGACCCCGACGUCACGCCACUGGAGAAUUUUAACGUGAAGAAUGUUGUCAGGAUGCUGGUCAAUGAAAAUGAGGUCAAACAGUGGAAGGAGCAGGCGGAGAAAAUGAGAAAAGAGCAACACGAGCUGCAGCAAAGGUUCGAGAAGAAGGAGCGCGAAUGUGAGGCCAAGACCCAGGAGAAGGAGGACAUGAUGCAGACGCUGAACAAGAUGAAAGAGAAGCUGGAGAAGGAGAGCACCGAGCACAAGAAUGUCAAGCAGCAAGUGACCGAACUCACGGCGCGACUGCACGAGCUCAGCGCCAGACAGGCCGCUGUGGUUCCCGGAGGCCCCCCCCUCCCGCCUGGUCCCCCCGGGGGCCCGCUGCCCCCCCCACCUGUGCCGUCGGUCGCCGGUCUGUGCCCGCCUCCCCCGCCCCCGCCCGGCGGCAUGAUGCCCCCGCCGCCUCCCCCGCCCCCGCCUCCAGGGGGCCCCCCGCCCCCCCCAGGACACCCGCCCGUUCUGGGUGUCCCUCCGCCCCCCGGGGCACCUCUGGGACCGUCCCUGAAGAAGAAGAACAUUCCACAGCCUUCCAACCCACUCAAGUCCUUCAACUGGUCCAAGUUGGCGGAGAACAAACUGGACGGCACUGUGUGGAUGGAGGUGGAUGAUGCCAAGGUUUUUAAGGUCCUGGAUCUGGAGGAUAUUGAAAAAACCUUCUCGGCCUAUCAGAGACAGCAGGACUUCUUUAUGAUCAAUAACAGCAAACAGAAAGAGGCAGAAGACGACACACUGAGCUCUAAAAAAGUCAAGGAGCUGUCAGUCAUCGACGGGCGCCGAGCGCAAAACUGCAACAUCCUUCUCUCCCGCCUGAAGCUGUCCAACGAGGAGAUAAAGAGAGCGAUCCUAACCAUGGACGAACACGAGGACCUUCCCAAAGACAUGCUAGAGCAGCUGCUGAAGUUCGUCCCUGAAAAGAGCGACGUGGACCUUCUGGAGGAGCACAGGCACGAGCUCGACCGGAUGGCGAAACCCGACCGUUUCCUCUAUGAAAUGAGCAGAAUAAACCACUACCAGCAGAGGCUGCAGUCACUGUACUUCAAGAAGAAGUUCACCGAGAGAAUAGCUGAGAUCAAACCAAAGGUUGAAGCUCUGACCAAGGCAUCUAAAGACAUUUUACACAGUAAAAGCCUGAAGCAGCUGUUGGAGGUGGUGCUGGCCUUUGGAAACUACAUGAACAAGGGUCAGAGGGGAAACGCUUACGGCUUCAAAGUGUCUUCACUCAACAAGAUCGCCGACACCAAAUCCAGCAUCGACAAGAACAUCACUCUCCUACACUACCUGAUCACCAUCCUGGAGAAGAAGUAUCCCAAAGUGCUGAUGUUCCAGGAGGACCUGCACAGUAUCCCAGAGGCCGCCAAAGUCAACAUGACUGAGCUGGAAAAAGACAUUUGCAACCUGCGCAGCGGCUUGAAAAGCGUGGAGAGCGAGCUCGACUUCCAGAAGCAGCGACCGCAGGAACACGGCGACAAGUUUGUGUCGGUGGUGAGUCAGUUCAUCACCGUCGCGAGCUUCAGCUUCUCCGACGUGGAGGACUCCCUCUCGGAAGCCAAGGAACUGUUUCUGAGGGCAGUAAAGCACUUCGGGGAGGACGCCACGAGGAUGCAGCCGGAUGAGUUCUUCGGUAUCUUUGACCAGUUCCUGCAGGCGUUCACGGAGGCGCAGCAGGAGAACGAGAACAUGCGCAAACGCAAAGAGGAGGAGGAGCGCAGGGCCAAGAUGGAGGCUCAGCUAAAAGAACAGCGGGAGAAGGAGCGAAAGGCCCGGAAAGCAAAGGCCAAUGGGGAGGACGACGGCGGCGAGUUUGACGACCUGGUGUCAGCGCUGCGAUCGGGCGAGGUCUUCGACAAGGACUUGUCCAAGAUGAAGCGCAACCGCAAACGCAUCAACAGCCAGACGACGGACUCGGGCCGAGAGCGACCGGUCACAAAGCUCAACUUCUGAGCGGUUCCCAGCAUCCCUGUUCCCCCCACACCUCCCGCUCCGCUCAUUAGUUGCACUCUGGGUCGAACUGACACGCACAUUCCUCAGCACCACCUCCUCCGCCGCCACCACCACCACCCAGCCCGGCUUUAAUAAACCGCAGCCUCACAUCAUCAGCGGAGCCGCACACAGCAACAUGUUUCACCCUGCAGAAAGAGUAAAAGCCAAAAACGGAGGAAAACCCGAAGAUUCCCGCUGGAGGUGUGCUGUUUGAUAGGAACUAUCCUGCUGUUUUUAUACGUCAGACUCUCCUUCAGAGCUUGAUGCUCUACCCAAAAGAAGAGUCCAUUAAAAACGCAAGGGGCCAUUUUGUACAGACUGAUUUUGUAGAAAGGGCGGAGCUGCUUUUCCAUUUACUGAACUCAAAGAUCUUUUUUGAUGAGACUGAACCAGAACUUCCUCUUAACUCUGCUGCUCCUUGUCACAACCAUCACGGGACUGGGCCGUUAAAUGAAUGUGGUUUUAACUGCAGCUCACGCCGCUGAGAAGCGGCGGCUGUUUUUGUUUCAUUUUGUAACUCAUUGACAUGCAGCAUUUAUGUAUCUGAUCACUGUGUUUUAUUUGAACUUCCUGUUAAGAGCUGGCCUUAACUCUGUUGAUUUUAUUGUUGAGUGGGUACUCUGAAAGGCCUGGGCCUGAUCUGCAAUGUCUCAACAAGUGUGGACACUCGUCAUAGAUUACACACAUAUUUUAUAUGUGUAUAUAUAUAUAUAUAUAUAUAUAUAAAAUAUGCUGUAAAGUUCUGUGUUUGUUACACAUGCACAUAUGGAAUUCAUACUUAAUAUGCUAAAUGCCAUUAAACCCAUACCCCAUCGAUGCACCACACCUGCUACUACUCCCUCAGAUGGGAGAUUUUAUUUUAUUUUAUCUUGUCUACGUACUGGCUGGAUUAACACAGCAUAAAAUUUAUGGAAAACAAAACAUCAUGUGAUGUUUUCAUUGUGGUAGAACACGGCACAUGUGGACAUGUGAUGCUCGGCCUCCAUUAGCUGUGUGAAUCCAGCCAGUGUCAAACACCCUCACUCAACUUUUAUAAUUUAAAUAUCGCCUUCCAUUGUACGAUGACCCAAUAAUAAAUGGGAGAAAACAG